AUGGCACUCCCCCCGCUAUUUCCGCUGGGGAGCCGGAAGUCCCUCCCCGCUUCCGGAAGCGCAGCGGCAGUACUUCCUCAGAGUCUCUCUGGACGCGGUGGAGUCUGGUUUCCGGCCCCCGGUGGGCGCGGACUUGGCUCAGUGCGCGCUCCGGAGCUGUGUCCCGGGAGCGAGGUCCUGCGGGCUGCUUGCGCGGGGAUCUGGGACUGCGGCCGCGCGAGGAGAGCGCCGAUCCCGGUACCAGCCAGUUGCAAGGCCAUGAACGGCACGGCGAACCCGCUGCUAGAUCGCGAGGAGCACUGCCUGCGGCUGGGGGAGAGCUUCGAGAAACGACCGCGGGCCUCCUUCCACACUAUUCGCUAUGAUUUUAAGCCAGCAUCGAUAGACACUUCCUGUGAAGGAGAGCUCCAGGUUGGCAAAGGAGAUGAAGUCACAAUCACACUGCCACACAUUCCUGGGUCCACACCACCAAUGACCGUGUUUAAAGGGAACAAACGGCCUUAUCAGAAAGAUUGUGUGCUCAUUAUCAAUCAUGACACCGGAGAGUAUGUGCUGGAGAAGCUCAGCAGCAGCAUUCAGGUCAAGAAGACGAGAGCCGAGGGGAGCAGUAAAAUCCAAGCCCGAAUGGAACAACAGCCUGCUCGUCCCCCACAGCCAUCGCAGCCACCACCUCCUCCACCACCCAUACCAUUCCGAGCCCCAACGAAGCCUCCAACUGGACCCAAAACGUCUCCCUUAAAGGAUACGCCCUCACCUGAGCCCCAGCUGGAUGACAUCAAAAGAGAGCUGCGGGCUGAGGUCGACAUCAUCGAGCAGAUGAGCAGCAGCAGUGGGAGCAGUUCCUCUGACUCCGAGAGCUCCUCUGGGAGUGAUGACGACAGCUCCAGCAGCGGAGGAGAGGACAACGGCCCAGCCUCUCCUCCCCAGCCUUCACACCAGCAGUCCUACAACAGCAGGCCCACAGUGGCCAAUGGAACCAGCCGGCCCCAAGGAAGCUCUCAGCUGAUGAAUACGCUCAGAAAUGACUUGCAGUUAAGUGAGUCUGGCAGUGACAGUGAUGACUAGCUCCAGGCUUUUGAAAUCUGCUUCCGGUACGUGGACAUGCUGCAAGACCCAGCGACUUCUGCCAGGAUUCCACGCCACAGGAGGAUGUUGCACAGCAAGGCCUGUAGGAGGAGUUAAGGCCUGGGAGCAUGCAGACACUCAGUUUUUGACUUGGUGGUGGUGGGUGAUUUUCUCACAUAGUUCUUGAACAAUCUCUUGUUUCAGAGUUUAAGUAGAUCUAUAGGAGAACGAAUGGAAUUUUGUUUCCACGUGGUUAACAUUAUUAAUGAAAAACAGACCAUUGCACCCUGGUCUCGGGCACUCAAGGCCCCUGUCCUCACCAGGCCAGUAAUUCAGCAGCCAUCAGUUUGGCCAGGCAGUCUGUACCAGUAAAAUAAAAGUCUUUGAGGGUUAUGGAAAGAAAGGAGAUCCUCAAACUGUGUCAUAGAAAUAUGUUAAGACCACUUUCCAUCUUUGACAUGAAGUGGUAAGGAAGUUUUGUGUGACCCAGUUUGACAAGACCAUAGAAGUAGACCUUGGCAGAGUCUUUGGGUCAAUUAGUGGGUGUGUGGGGGUGUGGGUGUGUGUGCUGGAAAUCCAGUUGCUCGACUCAGCGCAGCUAGGAAAGGAAAGCACACUGCAGGGAAUGGCCAGUCACCUGUCUCAGGUGUACGCUUGCUCGCUACUUCUUUGAAUUACAUUUGCUGGCAUCAGACUUUUCUGCACAGACGUUUCUGUCGGAUUCCAAAAGACAGAAGCAUUGCUGCCAUUCAGACUCAGGCAAUUCCCGUGUAUGUGAGGUGGAGUGAGCAGCAGCUGCCAUGCUGACACACAUCCUCAGCUCAUCUGAGACUUCUGGGUUCACAUGGAUCCAUCCUUAGGUAUUCUGAAUCCCGUGGCUGUUAGCGGAGGAUAGGAAUCAAGGAGGGGUGUGGUGGAGAACCUCUGAGCAGAUUGACCAGCCACAAACCUCCAGAGUCCAGAUAGGAGUUCUGCCCUAUGAAACACUCUUCAUGAGCUCUCUCUAUGCUUUUGUGCCUGACUCCCAGACCAAUUGGAAUUUUCAUAGAAGAGAAUCACAAGAUUGCCUUUUGCAGUGUUCUUGCUGGAAACUGGUUGGAGUCAAUGUUCCACGCUGAGGAAGUGUGUGGUGACUUGUACGUUGCCACCCAUCUCACAGUAGAUGUAGUUAGAAUGAAUAUAUCCGAGGAAAUUCCUGUCUUUAAGAUAAUACUAAUGCUCUUUUUCCCUUGGGUUUUCCCCCACUCACAUAAGCCUUUCUCCUGAACUAGUGGAGGGAGGUGUUCUGGACCUAGAAAGGAAAUGAAUGGUCCAUGGUGGGGCUUAGGUUAGACUUGUACCGUAUAGGUAUGAUCCUAACUGUUUGAUCCGCAGAUUGCAGUAAGCUGAGGCAGGAUAGAAGCCAUUGCCCAGCAGCACAUGUACACCAUUCUGCCCAAGUACCUUGUGCUGGGGUCUCAGCCUCUGGGGCGAUGCUUGGUGAAUCUCCAUGGCAGGUGGGAACCUCCUUGUAGCAAACUGAUAAUUACUUUAUAAUUCUUUGGUAAUGGCAGCUCAGGGAAGGUGCAGGUUAUGAUUGGGUGGCUUGAAUUGUCCCUGGAUCUGGGAAUUGAAUUGUCUUACUGCUCUUUGCCUGCUUACACUGGGGCAGGUUCCAGGAACUUGAACUAAAUAUGCAAUGUAAGUCUCCCCUUGCUCUGCCCUUCUCCAAAGCCUUGGUUUCUGUAGACAAAACCGUGUGUGGGCAUGCUGGCCAGUGACUGUUUCUAUAGGAAGUGCCUGCAUGUGCCACUGGGCUUGGUCAAUCAGACUCUCUGAGCCUCAGACUCCCUGUCACCUGGCCAACCAGCACCACGUGCUUUUGUUGGCUCCAGUUUGUGCUCUCUGCACAGUCCUUCAGUGCUCCCAUCUCCUUUCUCUUCCUUAGUAAAAAACAAAACAAAAAAACCCAACAAGAACCAUUUUUGAAAAUCCAGACUCUUGCCUCUUACAUUGAUGAUGACAAUGAUGACUUCUCAGGGGUAUCCUUGUGCCAACCGAGUGACUUCCUUCCUGUCUCUGUGCCUUUGCUGUUCCCUCCUCUUCACCCACUCAACUUUCUCCAGACUCCUCAGGCACCAUCUUCACCAACUCUUCAGGUCUUCCCACCUUUGGGGUAUGUCCUAGUGUGCGUACAAAUUGCCUUUCUCCUACCUGGUCUCUGGUUGGUAUGAGCACCUCAAAAGUAGGGACUGCUAUCACAGAAGUAGACAUGCAUGUGCUCCUAGCUUAGAAGGCAGGAGGCUGAGAGAACUAACUAGUUAAGGAUUGAGAAUAAACAUAGGGGAAACAUUCCAGUGUGGCUUUAUACCCGGAAAUAAUUACACGGAAACUGUAUUCUUUUAAACACUGCUUGGCCCAUUAGCUCUAGCCUCUUACUGGCUAACUCUCACAUCUUGAUUAACCCAUUUUAUUAAUAAGUGUAGCACCAUGAGGUGGUGGCUUACCAGAAGGGAUCUUAACCUGCAUCCAUCUUGGAGAGGAGAGCUAUAGCGUCUGCCUCACUUCCCUUCUUCCCAGCAUUCUGUUCUGUCUACUCUGUCUACCUAAUUUUCUGUCCUAUCAAAGGCCAAGCAGUUUCUUUAUUAAUUAAACAAUGAAAGCAACAGAUAGACAAAUGACGCUCCUCCAUCAUUUCCCCUUUUUCUGUUUAAACAAAAAAGAAAGGCUUUCACUUUAACAUAGUAAAAUUACAUAUAACAAAACAGUUAUCAAGCAAGAAUUACAGUUACAAUAUUUAUAUCUAUUUUAUCUUGUAUCAUAACUAAGGAAAACUAUAACUAUCCAUUCUUCAACUCCAUCAAAGACUCCAGAAGGAUAUAAUAUUACCUAAGUAAACAAGAAAUAAGCAACUUUCAAAACUCUAGAAAUGACAGAGACAUCUUGCUGCCUGGACAAUUACCCAAAGUUCCUCUGUACCGUUGGGGUAUCCAUCUUCGGCCUGUUGGCCCAUAGUAUCCAGCAGACAUUUCCGUGGAGCAGGAAAUUUCAAAGGCAGUUCAGUCACUAUCUGUUGUGUCCUGCAGAAUGUCUUGCAAAUUCUUUUAUGAAGCAGGAACCCCGAAAGACCAUCUCACCUUUAGGCAAGUUCAGCAGUCCUCUCUCUGAGGGUUCUCUGUGUCCAGUUUAUGCAUCAGUCCAGGCAAGAUCAGUUUCUUGCCCAAAUGGCUAUCAAACUCCAUAAGGAGCCUCUUCGAUGCCCAUCUUCCUCUCGAAGUAGAUUGGUGCUGCCAGGAACAGACAUGUCUCAUUGUCAUGAAAAGCCCUAAGUUAUUAAAACAUUAAAUGCCAUAUUCUGCAGUCUUUGAAAGAUAUGAAGAAUGUCUACAUGACUACAAGCUUGACCAUUAUCGAUGAUUAUUCAUUAACAACCUAUAUUUCCUGAUUAUACAUUACAUUUUUAAAUGAAUUACACAAUCACAAUACCUUAAUAAAGAUCAGAAAUACAUAUACAUAUAACAAAAUUGACCUUAACUUAAUACCAAUAAAGCAAAAUUUAUACCAAUGUAAAUUAUUCAUAUCUAUCCCCCUUUAAAUGUAAAAGAACAUUUAUAAACAAUAUUUGGGAACAUGGGUACAGUUUUUUCUCUCUAAACUGCUUCCUGCUGUAUGGGGGUGCUGUUAAUCAGGUCUUUUAUGGUGUAACCUGUGUGCCAGGUUCAUCUCAGUUGGCAGUUGAGUAAAGUAAUUUUUUGAGGGUGUUCAUAGCAACCUUUCAGGAGGGUGUGGUCUAUCAUGCCAAAUUGGGAUAGAAGCAAUCCACAGGGUCUCAUCCUCUGUGGAAACAAAAGAAGACCCACUCCAAAGCAUCAUAUCCUUAGGUCCAAAUUCUGAAGUCAUACCCUUAUGGUAUCCAUUCUGGUCUAGCUUGGUAGCCCAUAUAAUGAAAUGUCUCUCUGUACUUAGCUCCCUUUAUAGUCAAAAAUUUUAAAGAAGCCGGGCGGUGGUGGCGCACGCCUUUAAUCCCAGCACUUGGGAGGCAGAGGCAGGUGGAUCUCUGUGAGUUCGAGACCAGCCUGGUCUACAAGAGCUAGUUCCAGGACAGGCUCCAAAACCACAGAGAAACCCUGUCUCGAAAAACCAAAAAAAAAAAAAUUUUUAAAGAAAACACAAUGUACAUAAUCCAGACUCUCUGUGAAUUUUCCAUUUUUACGUGGCUUAUUUUUAUUUCUUUUAGUCUAUAACUGUCUGUAUUCUGUCUCUUUAAAGACUUUACCCUUUGUUUUUAUUCUCACUAUCUUCUCUCUCUCAAGCUUACGUACACCCAUCCAACAUUGUGACCCAUUUAGUGGUCUUUUAUGUCUGAAUCUGUCCUAUUGUGAAUCUGUAAUUUUUUACUAUCCAGGAGCACUUCUUAAAAUGUUAAGCACUUCUUAAAAACUUAAAGUUGCGCCAUGUAGAGGUAAUACGGUACCACCUGUUUACUGCCAGUCUAAACCUUAAUUGCACGGUUAUUAGGAUAAUUACGAUAGUUCCUGCCUGAGACCAGCACAGUUCAGCAUGGCGGAGCUGCUUGUGCCUCUGGGUCACUUGUGCCUCUGAGCUGCAGAGCAGAGGGCUGCUGUGGAUGUUGGCUCUACCUCUCUCCAAUUUCAAAAUGGAGGGCGUACCAUUUUCUACUAGCUCUGGGGUCACCAGGUAGGAGCCACACUCAGCACUUUAACUCUGAGACUGAGCGUGCGGCAAAUCGGGCACACAGAGCACUGCAGUCUGAAAACAUCUCUCUGUAUGUCAGCAGGAAUCCGCCAUGCUCUCCAGCCUGCCUAAGUCUGAUUCUGCCAUCUGCCCAGGCAGGAAGAGCUGAGCCAAGGACAGGGUCUCAGCUACUUUCCUCCCGAUCCCGAGCGGGAACACAAACAUCCAGUCUCAUAAAAGCCAUUGAAAUGCUUUAUAGCCAGAGUUCGCACUGGCAGCACAGCCCAGGAAGCUGCAUUUUAAACCUGUAGCAGCUUUUUUCCUACUAUGGCUGCUGAGUCAGGGAAAUUUCUUUGCAGGAUGCUACCCACAAACAGCAAAAAGCUGUGUUAAAUUCUCUCUCCUUUUUAAGCCCUCUCAGGUUUUACGUGGAAUUAGUUACCAUGUUGGAGCGCCACUCUGUAGCUUUAUACCCGGAAAUAAUUACACGGAAACUGUAUUCUUUUAAACACUGCUUGGCCCAUUAGCUCUAGCCUCUUACUGGCUAACUCUCACAUCUUGAUUAACCCAUUUUAUUAAUAAGUGUAGCACCACGAGGUGGUGGCUUACCAGAAGGGAUCUUAACCUGCAUCCAUCUUGGAGAGGAGAGCUAUAGCAUCUGCCUCACUUCCCUUCUUCCCAGCAUUCUGUUCUGUCUACUUUGCCUACCUAAUUUUCUGUCCUAUCAAAGGCCAAGCAGUUUCUUUAUUAAUUAAACAAUGAAAGCAACAGAUAGACAAAUGACCCUCCUCCAUCAUUCCAGGCAUUGAAACAAAGCUGAAACUACCCAUGCAAGUCCCUACUGAAUUUUUAAAUUACCUUUUUGCUCUAUGCAAUGUUAGCCACUUGGGUGAGGUGGGAAAACUAGUUCUACAGAGAAGCCAUGGCAAUCCUUUGAAAAGUUUUGGGAAAAUGCAAUACAGAUAAACUAGAGAUUUGUAAUAAUGCCACUGGUUAAUUUAUUUCUGUAGCAGAAUAAUUUUAUCUAUGGGUGGUAUGCUGCAGUAAUAGGGAAACUUGAAAAUUCCAAAGUCCUUUCUUUUCUUUAUUGAUAGUAUGGUUUAACGUGUGUGUGUGUGUGUGUGUGUGUGUGUAUGAUAUAUUUAUUACAUUAUUUUGAAAGAGAAUUUAAUCUGUUUUGUAGAUAUGUAUUAAGAACAAUAAAGUGGAUCUUUCCACUUGGCAAGGAACAUAUACUUUCUAAGACUCAGGCCUUAACCAGUAGGAAGUGUUAGGAAGUGUGUUUUUGUUGCCUCUGUUAUUUUGGUCUUAGAUUCCUUGUCUCCUUUAUUAAUGAUAUUUAAAAUCUUGUGCCUAAAAAUUCAUUUGGCUUAAUUCUGAUGUAGACAUGCAUGUUUACAUUUAUAUUUGCUGUGUAGUUUCUCUCAAGAUGAAUAUAUUUAAAUAAAAAUGAAGGUCUGCAAUAUAUUCAAUGUCUUGGGUUGUUAGUUUCUUUAACUGAAAAUCUGUGUAAAAUAGGGUGAUGUGGGAGUGAUUUCUUUCUAAUCUGUUGCUUUCAUUGGUUAAUUAAUAAAGAAACUGCCUAGGCCCAUUUGAUAGGCCAACCCUUAGGUGGGUAGAGUAAACAGAACAGAAUGCUGGGAGAAAGAAGCUGAGUCAGGCAGUCACCAUGAUUCUCCCACUGGACACAGACGCAGGUUAAGAUCUCCCUGGUAAGCCACCAGCUCGUGGUGCUACACAGAUUAUUAGAAAUGGGUUAGAUCAAUA